GAGGUGGAGCCCGGUGGAUGGGGCCCCGGGGGGCCGGAAAAGGUGGCACUGGACUAAGAACUGGAGUGCCUGCUGCGGCGGCGGCUGCUGGGGCCGUAGGUGUCUGACCCCCACCGCAGUUGACCCCAGGGAUGGGCCAGCAGCUGUGAGGUGCAUUGUUCUUCUGACGAGAAUUGACCAUGUCAGAAUGAAAGGAAGCCAUCUGUGCAGACUGCUAUCUGUGGAACCUUUGAAGACGAUAAAAUAGUAUUCGAUUCUAUCGGGAACUCUUCUGGAUCAAGCUAUGGUGGAAAAUGUUUCGGAAAGGGAAAAAACGACACAGUAGCAGCAGUUCCCAAAGUAGUGAAAUCAGUACUAAGAGCAAGUCUGUAGAUUCCAGCCUUGGGGGGCUGUCACGAUCCAGCACUGUGGCCAGCCUCGACACAGAUUCCACCAAGAGCUCAGGACAAAGCAACAAUAAUUCGGAUACCUGUGCAGAAUUUCGAAUAAAAUAUGUUGGUGCCAUUGAGAAACUGAAACUCUCCGAGGGAAAAGGUCUUGAAGGGCCACUAGAGUUGAUAAAUUAUAUAGAUGUCGCCCAGCAAGAUGGAAAGUUGCCUUUCGUUCCUCUGGAGGAAGAAUUUAUUAUGGGAGUUUCCAAGUAUGGUAUAAAAGUAUCAACAUCAGAUCAGUAUGAUGUUUUGCAUAGGCAUGCCCUGUAUUUAAUCAUCCGGAUGGUGUGUUAUGACGACGGUCUGGGGGCAGGAAAAAGCUUAUUGGCUCUGAAGACCACAGAUGCAAGCAAUGAAGAAUAUAGCCUAUGGGUUUAUCAAUGCAACAGCCUGGAACAAGCACAAGCCAUCUGCAAAGUUUUAUCCACCGCUUUUGACUCUGUAUUAACAUCUGAGAAAUCCUGAAUUCUGCAGUCAAGUGCAAGUCGACUUCAUGUGCAAGUUCAGAUGUCUUCUAAAUAGUUCUGUUUUCAAUCUGCGAUGAUGUACUAAUACAGAAAUAGGAAGUGAUCCCUUGCUCUAGAUUUUCUGAAGAAAAUGCAGUGUAAAAAUAUUGAUCUUUUGCUUUUCUAUUAAAAUGUCUUAUUGAGUGAGUUAA